ACUCCAUAGUGACUCAGUGCGAAGGACCAGAACAACAAUUAAUCACUUCGCCAGAGACUUAGAUCCCAAAAAACUCUGAUUCUCUCUCUUUCUCUCUCUCUUCUUUCAACGAUGGCCUGAAGCUUCUCUUCGAAGUUCCAAUUUCAAGAUGGAAGCAGUUCCUUACUCAAUCUCAUCUACCAAAUUUCAAUCACUUGUUAUUUACACCAGAGCUACUAGAAUUCGUUCCUCCAACCUCACUCUUCGCCCCGCUCCAAUUUCAGUCAAACCUUUCUAUUCUUCCAAAUGUCUCAUUCUCCAUCACCACAGGCUCCGUUGUGUCGCUGAAUCCACCAGUAACCACCACCACAAUCACAUCGAUCACAACGGUCGCCACCAUCACGACCACGACCAUCACCAUCACCAUCACCAUCACCACUCACACGAUAUCGAUGAUGCUAAUCUUACCGGUCCUCAAAGAGCGAUCAUUGGUUUCGCCAAAGCCACCAGAUGGAUGGACUUGGCAGAUAUCCUUAGGGAGCACUUGCAUCUAUGCUGCUUCUCCGCCGCUUUGUUUGUUGCCGCCGCCAUUUGCCCUUAUACCUUGCCUAAGCCUCUCAUCAAGCCUCUUCAAAACUCUCUCAUUUUUAUCGCUUUUCCUUUGGUUGGGGUUUCUGCAUCACUUGAUGCUCUUAUUGAAAUUAGCGGAGGAAAAGUGAACAUCCAUGUAUUAAUGGCAAUGGCAGGCUCUGCAUCAAUAUUCAUGGGAAAUUCUUUGGAAGGAGGGUUACUUCUUGCCAUGUUUAAUCUGGCUCAUAUAGCCGAGGAGUAUUUCACCGGCCGUUCAAUGGUUGAUGUUAAAGAGCUGAAGGAAAAUUAUCCAGAAUUCGUCCUUGUUCUGGAUACCAUUGAUGAUAAACUUCCUAAUACCUUUGACUUGGCGUACAAGAGGGUUCCUGUGCAUGAUGUAACUGUAGGAUCAUAUAUCCUGGUCAGUGCCGGCGAGUCUGUGCCUGUAGAUUGUGAACUUUUCCAAGGCAGUGCCACAAUUACCAUCGAGCACUUGACAGGGGAAGUCAAACCUUUGGAGACCAAAGUUGGAGAUAGAAUUCCUGGUGGUGCAAGGAACUUAGAUGGGAGGAUAAUUGUGAAGGUGACAAAGACAUGGAAGGAAUCAACUCUCAACAGAAUUGUGCAGUUGACUGAAGAAGCACAGCUGAAUAAACCUAAACUUCAAAGGUGGCUGGACGAAUUUGGUGAACGUUACAGCAAAGUUGUUGUGGUGUUAUCAAUUGCUAUUGCUGUUAUUGGGCCACUUGUAUUUAAGUGGCCAUUCAUUAGUACAUCAGCUUGCAGAGGUUCAGUUUACAGAGCCCUAGGGCUCAUGGUGGCAGCAUCACCAUGUGCCUUGGCUGUGGCCCCAUUGGCAUAUGCUACAGCAAUCAGCUCCUGUGCAAGAAAGGGGAUAUUACUCAAGGGUGGACAUGUUCUGGAUGCUCUAGCUUCUUGCCAUACUAUUGCAUUUGACAAAACAGGGACAUUAACGACUGGUGGACUUGUAUUCAAGGCAAUUGAGCCCAUUUAUGGUCAUCACGUUAGAAACAAUGAAUCGAACAUUUCUUCCUGUUGCAUUCCCACCUGUGAAAAAGAAGCUCUUGCUGUUGCUGCGGCUAUGGAAAAGGGUACUACUCACCCCAUUGGAAGGGCUGUGGUUGACCAUAGUGAAGGCAAAGACCUCCCAUCUGUUUCUGUUGAAAGUUUUGAGUACUUUCCCGGUAAAGGCCUUACUGCUACUGUUAAUAGUAUUGAGUCAGGAACAGGAGGUGCUGAACUAUUGAAAGCAUCACUUGGAUCAGUAGAUUUCAUCACUUCAUUUUGUCAAUCUGAAGAUGAGUCAAAAAAGAUCAAGGAAGCUGUUAAUACAUCUUCUUAUGGAAGUGAAUUUAUUCAAGCUGCCCUUUCAGUUAAUCAGAAGGUAACAUUGAUUCACUUAGAGGACAGGCCUCGUCCUGGGGUUUUUAAUGUUAUUCAAGAAUUGCAAAAUGAAGCGAAGUUUCGUGUGAUGAUGUUAACUGGGGAUCAUGAGUUUAGUGCAAGGAGAGUUGCAAAUGCUGUGGGCAUCAAUGAGUUUUAUUGCAACCUGAAGCCUGAAGAAAAGCUGAGUCAUGUAAAGGACAUCUCAAGAGAAAUGGGCGGAGGCUUAAUUAUGGUUGGUGAAGGUAUCAAUGAUGCCCCAGCACUUGCUGCUGCAACUGUAGGGAUUGUUCUUGCUCAUCGUGCUAGUGCAACUGCCAUAGCUGUUGCAGAUGUGUUGUUGCUUCGAGAAAACAUUUCUGCAGUGCCAUUUUGUAUUGCCAAGUCUCGCCAAACAACUUCACUGAUUAAACAAAAUGUGGCUCUGGCAUUGUCGUGCAUUGUCAUGGCUUCUCUUCCAUCAGUUUUGGGAUUUCUGCCAUUGUGGUUAACGGUUCUUUUGCAUGAAGGUGGAACCCUGCUUGUUUGUCUCAAUUCGAUACGUGCUUUAAAUGAACCAUCUUGGUCUUGGAAGCAGGAUAUGUUGCACUUGAUUAUCGAGGUUAAAUCCAAACUUCUUUCUCUAAGGACAAAUAUUACGGGCUCAAGCAGCAUCACAACUGCGAAUUUGUAAAUUGUAACUUAGUGUUAUUUGUAGUGUAUUGAAACUUUUUUUUUUAGUACAAGUAAACUGUAACUUUAGUGUUAUUUGUAGCGUUUAUUGAGAAAAAUGUCAAUAUUCCUCCUCUUAUAUCUGUAGUCAUCUUUUUCAUCCCAGAGAUUUGAACAUUUCCUAUUAUUU